AUGCCUCCCUUCCCCCUCCUCCGUCUUCCUGGAGUGGUCCUGUGCGAGGUAUUCAAAUCGUUGAGUAUUGGAGAGAAAAUCAAACUAUCCUUCUGCUCCAAGAAAACCUCGGCUCAAAUCAAUAGUGCUCGCUUGUACUCUCAAAAAGUUAUAGUCGUUUUGGGCAUGACUGGGAAAGUAAUCAGAGUUUACUCCGAGAACGAAACAGUAGGUUUCUACAUUGCGAUAUGUACCGAAAAGAUUGACGAUUCAAAUAUCCACCACGCCCAAAUCGAAGGGUGUACUGUACCAGUGACCACCACUGAUAGUGAGCCUAUAAAAAUCAAUACAUUCUGGAAGGACCUUAAAGAAGGCUUCUUGUCUAUCACACGACAUCUUCUGAAGAUAUUCCACUGCAAGAUAUCAACAGAAAGGGAUAGUUGGAGACACGAAUUGUUUCAACCGAUACUUACUGAAUUAUUCAAUCAACAACAGGUAUUCGAGACGAUUAGUAUUGGUCUGCAUGAAUCGGUCGAUCAUAAUUGGUUGAACCGGAUCUUCACCUACUCGGAAUUGGUUGAAGGACUAGAAAUUCCAUAUCUUCACUCCCUCCCUCUCUCCUCUUUCAUUCCAACCUUCCCUCCAUGGCCAAGACAGAGAAUUACCAUCAAGCCAAACUUCUCGUGGCUCACUCUGGACACUCUCUUUACUUGCACAUGUUCUGAUAUUUAUAUUGCACGUACUAAUCUGGAAAACAAGGAUUUGGAUGAGAUUCUCACACAUUGGAAGGCCGGAGGGUUACCGAAUCUAGAAUAUCUCACAAUCGGUAGUACCAAAAUUAAAUCCGAUGGAGAUCCUAUUCUGGGAAUAAUUCCGAGUGAAUGGGAAGACGAAACCACGAUUCAAACCGAUGAUGGAUUGAAGACUGCCGACGUUCAACUUUGGCAAAACUAUCUCGAAAUGCAGACACUACCGCAACCUUAA